UGCCAAUGGACUUUUAACGCUUUCGGCACUCUCGUUUUUAAUUAUAGGUCAGUUCUGGCUGGUGUUCCCUGCCUGGAGACAUGAACAGAGGUUCUCCACCAGCAACCUUGCUAUGGCAAAACUAGUAGACGAUUUCAGCCUCCUGAUGGCUUAGAUGGGGGAAAAGAGCCCCCAUUUCUUAUCAAACUACGAAAAGGGAAUAAUACUCCACCACAAACUGACAGCCAGUAUCAGAAAUAUCAGACAGGGAAAAAGAAAAGAGGAUUUAAAGUACCAAACAUUAUUCAACAGAACCCAACUGCUGUGUUUGUUCUGGGUCUGGGCUCCCUUCUGAUGGGCUACUCCUACUACUUCCUGCAGCAGCAACUUAGGGAACAGGAGUUAGAGUUGGUGAAGAUGAGCACAGCCGAGCAGCAACAGGCCGCCAUAGGUGGAGACUGGGAGCUGGUGAACACAGAUGGCAAGACAGUCACCAAUAAGGACUAUGAGGGACACUGGUGUAUUGUCUACUUUGGGUUUACCCACUGCCCUGACAUCUGUCCUGAUGAAAUAGAAAAGAUAGUUGAGGUCACAAAUAUAUUAGAGCGAGAUAACAGUUUACCAAAAAUUGUUCCAAUUUUUGUCACAAUCGAUCCAGACCGAGACACACCAGCAAUCAUCAAAGACUAUCUGGCAGACUUUGGUCCCAAUCUGGUAGGUCUUAGUGGCAGCUGGGAGCAACUGCGUGUGAUUCUCAAGGAGUUUAAGGUGUACUACUCCAAGGGACCUGUAGACGAGGACGGGGACUAUAUUGUAGAUCACUCAAUCAUCACAUUUCUCAUGAAUCCAGAGGGCAAGAUGGCGGCCUACUUCCCUCGCAGUAAAACCAACAUUGAGAUAGCCACACAUAUCAGAAAACUCAUGAAAUCAUAUAAACAGAUUUACAAAACCUCCUAAUGGGACACAUUUUCAGACAGUGAUAAUGAUUCCUGCUGUUUAUAAUGUUGAUCUUCAUUACAUACACGGUGUUCAAGGACAUGUCACCCUGCAUACAUUAGUGCUUGUAAUGCGUCUGUUGACUGAUCUUUAUGUAUGUAUCAUGUAAAUUGCUUAUCAAGCCACAAUAUGGGAACGCUUUUUUUACUAUUUUGAUUAUUUUCUAAAAUCAUGCCUAUUUCUCGUGUGCAAAGAUGCCUGCCUUUUGCUCAGAAAAGGUACCUCAACAGAAUAUGAUGUUCUGAAACUGGUAAAAAAUGUUUUACUAAACUCUUUAAGUUAAUAAGAUUUGUGAUGUGUGUUAUAAAUUGUUAUUGUAACUCAAUUUGUUAAACUAUUGGGAAAAAAAUAUUUUUCAAUUAAAUUGUGUAGUAUGUUCA